AAACAAUUACCCUGGCUUUUGGUAACCGAGUCAUCACGACUGCCUUUUCCCGCAUUAGAUUAUUGCCGUUACAACAGGGUCUGUAAUCCAUAAUGGCUCCUCCCUCCAACCGCCCCGACCACCACAUCAACCUCAACUACAUCCCCCAGUUGCCCCAGCCCCCGCUCUCGGGCUCUUCCUCGACCGGUAACACGUCCCCCGUAGAGCCUCCCAACAGCGGCUCCCUCCGCUUCUCUGGGAACCCCUCGAACCCAUUGGGCGCUGCAGCCGCCGGCACCAGGCUGGGCGCAGGCUCCCCAUCGCACGAAUAUGGCGGUAGACUAUUUUCCAAACGUGCACGUGAGAUCCAAGCGCAAGAAGGCUUGAAUCCGCAGAUGUGGGGCCCUCCUACCAGUGGUAAUUCGACUCCAUUGCGCGAGACCAUCCCAGAGUCUCCUAACAGCGAGAACUUGAGUUUCCCCGACUUCAACAACUCUGCGCCAGAGACAGUUUCAGCUGCGCCCACGGGUCGCCGUGCCCGUGCUGGGACGCUUCCUUCACGCUUCUCGCCUUCUGCUGCGCCGCCGGGCCUCAUGUCCGCCUCGUCACUCCUCCCAAAGAGCUCGCGACCGACUCCCUCUACCAGCCCCUUUAAGCCUGGCCCGGGUACACCCACCGAUACUUCGAGCUUCAACGCUCUUGGAUCUACAAAUGCUGCAGCCAAGUCCGCAUUGCUCUCGCGCCUUCGUGCGGGCUCAAUGCCUCAACGACCGGGCUACCUCCAGCCCUCUGUGUCUCCUUUCGGUAACCCCAUCUUUUCCAAUGGAUGGUCAAACAGCCGCGACCGCAGCAGCACGCUCCAAAGCAUUGCUUCGGUCCCCUCCAAUGGACCAGGCUCUCCGAGGUCCUCCUUCUCUCGUGACUCACUUGCGGACACGGAUGUCAAGACUCUAGACUACCUUGGUUUGGUUGACACUCCUCAGCCUGCACGAGCUACUUUGGCUCCCUCAGACAUUGAGCUUCUGCUGGAAAGCCAGCGGAAUGCAAACAGCCACAGUACCAACAGCGCAAACCGCUUCCGCUCUUACUCUGUCAAUGCAAAGGAAAAGUACGCCGAGGACGAGGAGGAUCAGUAUGGCGGCUACAGUGGCGCCAUGACUCCUGCUGAAGCAAACGCACUACUCAUCCAUGAAGCUGUCCGCCAGCACAACCUCGAGGUCCAGGCAUUUGCCAACAUUGCUUCCAAUGCACGCCCCAGAGCUCGCACCGCCGGUGUGCUUGACGCCCCCUCGCGAGGCGCAAUGCGUUCUUACUUGCCUGCCAUGGGACGUUUUGACAACGGUAUGGGCUCUGGUGACAUGACAGAGGAUGCUGAGUACAACCUCACAGAGGCUGUCAAGAAGCUUCAUUUGCCAGGCUCCAACUUGGGAGACGACGGAACUUUGGAAGGACCCACUCGAUCGCUGUGGCUUGGCAAUAUUCCUUCUUCAACCACCGUCUCAUCGCUACAGGUCAUCUUUGCUCAGUAUGGUAACAUCGAAUCUACACGCGUUCUUACCCACAAGAACUGCGGUUUCGUCAAUUACGAAAACCUCGAGAGUGCCGUCCAGGCCAAGUCCACUUUGAACGGAAAGGAAAUCUUCCCUGGUGCUGGUCCCGUGCGCAUUGGCUACGCUAAGAUUCCAAGUGCGGCAGCAACCCCCGGUCACAACGGCCUCUUCCCCUCACCAAGCCCAGAUCCCCUUUCCAAGGCCCAGGCUGAGGGUGCGGCUGGUUCUGCAUCUGCAGCCAAGUUGAGUACCGUUCCCGCAAAUGUGCCAUUGACUACUCCGGAGCUCAGCGAUAUUCGUAACGACAUUAUUCAAAUUGUGAAAGAUUUGGGUGCUACCGACGACGAGCAAACGAGUAUCUCUGCCAAGGUUGAGAAGGCUGUUCAGUUCAACAACUAUGUGGACGAGAUCCCAUCGGUUGAGGAGCCAAGCCACACCCGCAUCCAUGAUGCCCCCAGAUUGCGCGAGAUUCGCAAGCGCAUUGACAAUGGUUCUUGCUCAAAGGAAGAUAUUGAGAACAUUGCCAUAGCAAUGCUUCCUGAGAUUGCUGAGUUGUCUUCUGACUACCUUGGAAACACUGUUGUGCAAAAGCUGUUUGAGUUCUGCGAAGAGCCCACCAAGGAGGCCAUGCUUCGUGAGAUUGCUCCUCACCUAGCCAAGAUUGGUGUGCACAAGAACGGAACUUGGGCUGCACAGAAGAUCAUCGAUGUCUCCAAGUCUGAGACGAUGCAGAAGAUGGUUGUCGAUGCUGUUCGACCCUACGCCAUGGCACUCUUCCUUGAUCAGUUUGGCAACUACGUCAUGCAGGGAUGCCUUAAGUACCAGCAAUUCAAUGACUUCAUCUUUGAGGUCAUGCUCGGUAGACUUUGGAAUCUCGCGCAGGGCCGAUUCGGUGCUCGCGCUAUGAGGGCUUGCUUGGAGAGCCAUUACGCUACAAAGGACCAACAGCGAAUGGUGGCUGCUGCAAUUGCUCUCCACAGUGUCCAAUUGGCAACCAACGCCAACGGAGCUCUCCUCUUGACCUGGUUCCUCGACACUUGCACUUUCCCAAGGAGACGUACAGUUUUGGCUCCUCGACUGGUGCCACACAUUGUCCACCUCUGCACCCACAAAGUCGCAUACCUCACUGUUUUGAAGAUUAUCAACCAGCGCAAUGAGCCAGAGGCUCGCGAUACUAUUCUGCAAGCCCUUUUCUUCUCGCCAAAUGAUCAGGUCCUGGAGAGCAUCUUGGCUGAUCAGAACUGCGGCGCUACCUUGAUCUUCAAGGUACUUACCACGCCCUUCUUUGAUGAGCAAAUCCGCACCGAUGUUGUGCAGAACGUACGCAAUGUGCUCCUGCGUAUCAAGGCACAGCCACAACAAGGCUACAAGCGCCUCAUGGACGAGGUCGGCCUUUCUACCCGCGGCGGACCUGGCCCACGUGACCAUUCCGCAACUCGACCAGCGUCCAAGGACAGCGUCGCGUCUGGAGCACCCAAUGCCGGCAACUUCUACCAGGCUCCUCCCCCCGGCUACGAUCCCGUCGCGCUCCAACGCACAACAAGUAUGGAUUCAAACGGCUUUGAGCAGUUCCCAAUGGGCGGGUACAUGCCAAACAUGCCGGGCAUGAACAACCAACAGCAGAUGCAAUACCAGCAGCUCUUGGCCCGACAGGGCCAGUUCUAUCCUCAGAUGAACGGCUUCCAACCGCCAGCUCCUGGUAUGGAUGCUUACCGCAACGCCUCACCUGUUGCAGGCCCGGGCAGCUUCAACGGAUCACCGAUGAUGCAACCGGCUAACCUCGCCGGCCAAGGUAUGCCGGGCAUGUAUCCGCCAUACGGCAUGUACGCGCCACCUCAGCACCAGCAGGCUCCUGGUGGUAACCAGCGACGUGGGAGAGUAAGCAGAAAUGCAUCCCCUGCGACGAGCAUCCGCCGUUAAAAUCUUGUUGAAGAAAUGAAAUGUCUUGGUUUUUGGAAAGGGGAUUUGGGGGGUGUGGUGUAGGACGCCAAAGCCCCUGUGCCCUAUUUCUUUUCUUUAGAUUUUGUGGUGUUGCAAAUUGGGGGAAAGCAGUACCAUCUUCCUGUAUAUGAUUCGGAUCUGUGCACUUAUGUAUCUGCUGGCGAGCAUAUUGAAAGAAAAAACAGACGACGCGACC